CAUGUUCGCCGCCUGCUCCUAGUCAUGUCGAGCUCGCCGACAUUUUGCUGCCUAUCGUCUUCGCCGUCCGUCGCAGUGCGCACCGACGUCGGCAAUAUCGGCAUUACUCGGCAACCAAGUCACAACGUGGGCUGACGGAAAUUAUCGCCUCAGGGUUCUUUGCUCAGGACGACGUCGACGUCGCGGGAUAUUCGCCUCGACGCUACAGCAGCUCAGCAGCGCGCUCUUGCCCCGACGCCGCCUUAUAAGAGACGUCUGUCCUCGGUAGCUGUUCCCCACAAGCCCGCCCUCGAUUACCCCAUUUCGGUCACGAGUCUCCCCCGCACGCGUCGGCGAUAUGAUCACACGGCCCUCCGUUCGGCAAAGCCUCUUGACCUCUGCCUGCUCGCGCCAGGCUCUCCUUACACGCCCAUCUCCCCGCCCACAUCUCACCAUGCGCCCCCUCUCGACCUCAGACCUCAACCCCGCGAUCCUCAAGGUCGAGUACGCGGUCCGCGGCGAGCUUGCGAUCAAGGCGGAGGAGUACCGCAAGCGCCUCGCCCUCGGCGGCGAGCACGGGCUGCCCUUCGACAAGGUCAUCUCCUCGAACAUUGGGAACCCGCAGCAGAAGGGCCUUGACCAGCCCCCGAUCACGUUCAUCCGCCAGGUUGCGGCGUUAUGCGAGUGGCCCGCGCUCGAGGAGCUGGCGCCGAAUGCGUUCCCGAAGGACGUGAUCGCGCGCGCGAGGGAAUUGCGGGAGGAGAUUGGCUCGGUCGGCGCGUACUCGCAUAGCCAGGGCGUGCCGCUCAUUCGGCAGAGCGUAGCGAACUUCAUCGAGGAGCGCGAUGGGUACCCCGCGAACCCGGACCACAUCUUCCUGACCGGCGGCGCAAGUGCUGGUGUUUCCCUCCUCAUCUCCAUGCUCAUCACCCCGCCGAAUACCGGCAUCUUGAUCCCCAUCCCGCAAUACCCGCUGUACACGGCCACGCUCGCGCAACACCAUGGUGUACCGCUCCCCUACCACCUUGACGAGGCAUCCGGCUGGUCAACGUCGCUGCACGAGAUCGAGGCGACCCUCGAGCAUCCCCAGCAUGCUGAGAUCACGCCAAAAGCGCUCGUCAUCAUCAACCCGGGCAAUCCGACGGGCGCACUGCUCGACGAGGCGACGCAGGAGAAGCUCGUCCACCUCUGCGAGAAGCACAACCUGGUACUGCUCGCGGACGAGGUCUACCAGACGAACCUGCAUCGACCGGACGAGCACCCCUUCGUCUCCUUCAAGCAGAUCGUCUCCCGCAUGAAGUCCAAGGUCCCCCUCGUCUCCUUCCACUCCAUCUCGAAGGGCGUCACCGGCGAGUGCGGCCGGCGCGGCGGCUACUUCGAAUGCGUCAACUUCCCCGACGACAUCCUCGCGCUCAUCUACAAGAUGGUCUCCGUCGGCCUCUGCCCGCCGCUCUCCGGCCAGAUCGGCGUCGACUGCCAGGUACGCCCGCCCAAGCCCGGAGACGAGAGCUACCCGCUGUGGAAGAAGGAGACGGACACGAUCCACGCCGCGCUCGCGAGCCGCACGCGCACAAUGUCCGAGCGACUGAACUCGCUGCCGGGGAUCUCGUGCGUGAACAGUCCCGGGGCGCUGUACCUCUACCCGAAGGUGCACCUCUCGGAUCGCGCGAUCGAGGCGGCGCGCAAGGUGGGGAAGGAGCCGGAUGCUUUUUACGCGAUGAAGCUGCUCGAUGAGACGGGCAUCUGCGUCGUUCCCGGGAGUGGGUUCGGCCAGAAGGUCGGACACUGGCACUAUCGUCUCACGUGCCUUUGCCCCGGUGUCGAUGACUACGUUGACGCGCUUGCGAAUUUCCACAAGCGCUUCAUUGCUGAGUAUGGCGCGGCGGAGGAGUAGGUGUUUUGGGGUCUGUGUGCACGGUACAACAAAAUGUAUAUCUUGGUAGGGGUUGCUAUCUGGACGUUGUCUGCUCCGGUUUGUGUGCAAGAUGAGAGGCGAGAAAUCCGCACGUCGCUUUUACCACUGCAACUUACAUUUUCACCGUGACAGUAUAGAUGGAUUCAUGAGAUCAGACAUGCAAAUCUGGGUAGCACCCCGUGACGACGUGAGAUAGUGGACCAUUGAAAAAAAGUAGCAAAUGAAGCAACAAGCAAAGCAGCAAAG